CAGAGCUGGGAGAGGAGGAGCCUGUGGGGUGUGGGACUCCAGACAAAGGAGACAUAUACUCACUGACACUGGAUCACUGGAGCCAAAAAGAGGAAGAGAUCUUCACUUUCUACAGAGGAGACAACCCUCAACUCCUGGACUACUCUUUUUUUGUGUUGUUAGAGACCUUAGUGUAGUGUGUGAGUCAGCUGUAUGGAUUCACUGAGCUGAGAGAUGUUUGUGCUGGAGCAGCUGUUCCCAUAUGCUGCCUGAAGUGUGUAGAAGAAGUGUGUGGGUUAGUAUGUUUGGGAUGGAAAAGUGGGGCUUGCACGACAAACAGCUCUGCUCUUAGCUUUACGCCAUGGGGGGUUGUCAUAGUUACCCCUCGGCUACGAAGACAGACAAGAAGAGUCUUCAGCCUCCUGACUUCAGCAGUGACAAACUGGGAAUUAAUAACAAUAAUCUGGAGGAGCGACCAUAUCUGCAGCAGCAGUAUGUGUGCCAGCUGAUCACACACACAGACAUGUUUGCCCUCACUGCGCUGCCACCUGGCGUCGACAAGGCAGAGUGGCUUGCCAGCAAUACGGUGGCAUUUUUCAAGCAUAUAAACCUAUUCUCUAGUGCACUGUCUGAGUUCUGCACCCCAUCCACCUGCCCAACUGCCUGUGGACCAGGCAACACGGUGUAUGUGUGGACCGAUGACCACGGCAGGAAGCUGAAGUGCUCUGCCCCGCUUUACUUUGACUAUGCCAUGUCAUACAUUCAGGAGCUACUGACUGAUGAAGAUGUGUUCCCCACAAAAGCAGGUUCAGUGUUUCCAACAGGCUUCAUCUUUCUGGUCCAGAAGGUGUUUUUGCUGUUCUUUAGGACUCUGGCUCACAUUUACUGGUCUCACUACAGAGAGACACUGGCGCUGGGCCUGCACCCACAACUCAACACACUCUUCACACACCUCACACUCUUUUGCCGGCAGCACGCCUUGCUGGAGCCGGAGGACACCGAGCCUCUGCAGGAUCUCAUCACAGCUCUGAGACAGCAAAGCUGAACCUAAAGAGCAAACACACAUAUUGCACACUGAUUUCACAUUUACACAAUUCCAUCACACUAAUUAACUUUUUCUUUUUAUUACUUUUGAAAGAUCUUGAAGUAGUGAAAUAGAAAAGCCUGUUGAUACAGUAUUCGGGAGAAAGAAUGAGUCUGUUCUGCUCCAAGAAGCAGUACAUCAGACCAGAAAAGGAGUGUCUUGCUCUAUUUGUAUAUAUCUAUAACCAGUUAUUGUGAUACUGUGUGAAAAAUAAUUUUGCAUGUCAGUGUAUUUUAACAUAAUGGUGCAUUAUAUUUUCUUACGGUCAAUAUCUUCAAAGUCAAUGUAGUGUUCCUCAUAGGCUUAACACAAAAAUAAAGAAAACAUUGAAUCACUCAGUUCGCAAUCAAUAUAAACAACAUGUGCCAUCAUUAUAGAGUUUGAACUUGUGAUUACACUGUUGUGACUGCAUCUGUGUGCAAUGACACAAUUAGUGUUUGCAUCUGCAUUAUGUAUGAUUCUGUACACCAAAAUAAACAUUUAUGAGAGAGCA